AUGAGGCCAGGGAAGACCAAGGCUGGCAGAAAUGGAAGCAAAGAAGGAAGAAAGACUCAGAAAAAGUUGGCGGUCAGGCCGAAAGCGCUGAUCAUUCACCUAAAGGAAAAGGAGAAAUACGCAGAAAUCCUUAGGCGGGUUAAGAAGGACAGCGCCUGCGAGAAGGCCAGUGAAUGCGUCGAGAAGAUCAGACGUACAACAACAGGAGACAUGCUAAUCAUCUUGAGCAAGAAGACGACCGUUGAGGGCUCCCAGUUACCGUCAGCCAUUGUUGAUCUCCUUGGAGAGAAAGCUGAAAUACUGAGUAAGGAGCCGUUGGAAGAGCUCGAGACCAAAGACCUCGAUCUGGAGAGGGAAAAGGAAGAUGUUCUUGAAGCCCUACGUAAAGUAGUAGGUGAGGAGCAUAAAAUAGGCUCUGAGGUCGUCAGAUCCUUACGUAUGGCAUAUGGAGGAACCCAAACUGCCUCGGUGACACUCACGGCAGCUGCCGUGAAGAAAAUCCUGGGGGAGGAUGAUCAUGGGAAGAUCAAGAUCAGCUGGGUGAACUGCCGUAUCCGAAGAGUGCAGAAACCGGUCAAGUGCUUCAAGUGCUGGCACUACGGACACCUCGCCACCAGGUGUCCAAGCGCAAUUGACCGAUCUAAGGUCUGCGUGAGGUGUUCAGAGAACGGCCACCAAGCCAAGGAGUGCCAGAAUGAUCCUCUAUGUGCCCUUUGCAGUGAAAAUGGCAGUACAAAGAAUUGUGCCCAUGUCGCUGGUAGCAGUAGAUGCCCAGCAUACAAGGAGGCACUCCAGAAGCUGACCAGCAAAAGGCGACCAUAG